AUGAAAAAGAAGAACAAGAAGAAGAAGAAGGCGAAAGAGGGAAAGAGUGGUCAAGCUGCUGUUGCAGUUGAUGAUGGUGAUGCUGAUGAUAAAAGUGAGCCGACAAAGCAAAAUAGCAAAAAGAAGCAGAAAGUGGUGACUGGCAACAACAGCAAUCCCCAUCACCACAACAAACUCCAGCAAGCGUUGAGUCGUGAUGUGGCCAGCAUGAUUGCCGCUUUCAAUGAUAAGGGCUUCGUUGAAGAGGAUGACGAAGAUGAAGAAGGUGAUUUCGACGUCGAGGACGACCUUGAGGACGAGGUCUACGAGGAGAAAGAAGAAGAGGAAGCUGAAGAGGUAGAGGAACCUCGAGCAAAAAAGGCCAAAAAGGAGGAGGAAAAGGAAAAGGAGGCGAUCAUCAACAAAAAGAACCUCAACCAAAAGAACCUCAACAACAACAAAACCGCUUCAGCAGAAUCAGCCAAAGAUAAUAAUUCUGAAGCGAUUCGCCGCUCCGCCGAGCUGGGCGCCAAGGCGAAGCAGACACUGGCCGCCUCGAUGUUCCGCUCCCUCAACGAGCUGCUCUACACCUCGGACUCGAAGGAAAGUCGGCGGAAGUUCACCGCCGCCCAGUUUCGCCUCUACCACCAGGCGUAUGAGGGGCUGGCCGCCCAGUGGCCACUGCAGCCCGUCGAGUACCUGAUUGAUAUCUUAAAG